GCUGCACCACGCAAGCAGCGUUUUCCACAUCAAUUUACCGACGAUGUUUCGACACUUGUGCAUUUGGUAACCACCAAAGUGGUGGGUUAUCACAGUGAAGAGCCGAAAUUGGCGCAAUCGCUGAAUGCCAGCUUGGGUUUCUUCAUAUUUGAUCUAUUCAGCAUAAUGGAUCGCGGUUUUGUUUUUGGUCUCAUUAAAACCUAUUAUAAAGUGCUAAUUUCGAAGAAUGCAUCCAUACCCGAUUUGAUGAAUUACAAAAUAGAUUUUUUGCGUAUUGUAUGCAGCCAUGAACAUUUUGUGGCAUUAAAUUUGCCAUUCGGCACGCCCUAUACCACGGUUUCAGCUCCCUGCAGUCCAACACCGAGCACAACGUCGAGCAAUAGUCAAACUUCUUAUAGCUCCAUGGAACGCGCAUUGCAUGCAGAUUUGAGCGCUGAUUUUCGCCAGCAACACUUUCUGGUCGGCUUGGUGCUUAGCGACUUGGCGACAGUGCUCGAAGUGCCCAAUCCUCAGCUGCACGGCAAAGCCAUUCGUUGUAUCCGCAAUCUAAUGACCUCACACGAUCUAGAUCCACGGUAUAGCGAGGUUGAGGCGCGCGCACGCGUUGCUUCGCUCUACCUCCCUUUGCUAGGUGUUGUCAUGGACGCCAUACCGCAGCUGCACCAAUAUCUCACAGACACGCAUGAUCGCCUGCAAAGCAUUGGUCUGCUUGAAGACUAUCAGGGCCCGCACCAGAGCCUCUCCACUUCAACGAUGAGUGCCGACUUCGCCUACGCCAACUCUGCCCAUCGCGCAUACAACUAUCUCAAUGAUCAAAUCAAAAAUAAAUCACAAUUAAGCAGUGAGAAUACACGUCAUUUGCUCGCCUGUUGCAUUUGGGUGUUGAAAAAUCUUGAACGUAGCGUCUUAUAUCGCUGGCUACUCGGUCUCAGUCCACAUCGCGUGCAUCAAAUGUUACAGCUCUUGAACACUUGUAUACCCUGUUUCGAGUAUAAGGGCCAAAAGCGGUUGCCCUCACUUAAGCGCAAUACGCAAAGUUUCCGUAAGCCAACCGAUUUGAAAGAGAAGCUCGAAGAGUGUAUACGUGGUACCAACUCGGCGCGCUAUGAUCUGAUAAACAGACGCAAAGAUCGCAAUUCGACAGAGAAAUUUCGUUGGCGCAAAGAUCAAAUGCCAUACCGUUCGCAAUUAUCCGAUAAUACCAACAAAGCAGAUCCGGAAUUGGAGUUAAAUCAUUUUAUUGAAGGCUCUUUAGCCACUGAAAUUUCGUUGAUUAUUUUAGAUGCUUUGGAAAUUAUUGUACAGGUUUCCACCAAUUCGGAAAUGCAUCACAACCUGUUGGGUACAGUUUUGAAAGUGUUGCUGCAUGCACUCUCACGCAAUCAAAGUACAUUAUCGCUUCAAAAUCAGUUUGCUUCGCAGCGCGCAUUAAUUUUCAAAUUCCCCAAUUUGCUGUUCGACGAAGAGACGGACAUUUGUGCGGAUCUGUGCUUGCUUUUGUUGAAGCACUGCGGCUCAUUGCUGCCGGCCAUACGUUCACAAGCUUCAGCUUCGCUGUAUCUGCUCAUGCGACAGAACUUCGAGAUUGGCAAUAAUUUUGCGCGCGUCAAAAUGCAAGUAACCAUGUCUCUCAGUUCGCUAGUCGGCACAAGCUCUGCAUUCAGCGAACAAUCUCUGCGACGAGCACUUAAAACCGUGCUCGUCUAUGCCGAAUCAGAUCAAGAUCUACAGGAGACCUCAUUCCCCGAGCAGGUGCAAGAUUUGCUUUUCAAUUUGCAUAUGAUCCUCUCCGACACCGUUAAAAUGAAGGAAUACCAAGAAGAUCCCGAAAUGCUGCUCGACCUUAUGCAUCGCAUAGCCAAGGGAUAUCAAAAUAAUCCAGAUUUACGGCUUACCUGGCUGGAAAAUAUGGCCAAGAAGCAUCGUGAACGCGCCAACCACACCGAAGCAGCCAUGUGCUAUGUACAUUCAGCUGCGCUAGUUGCCGAAUAUCUAAGCAUGUUGGAGUCACAACAGCAUUUGCCAGUAGGCGCUGUUAGUUUUCAACGGGUUACGCCAAAUGCGCUCAUGGAAUCCGCCGUAUCGGAUGAUGUGCUAAGUCCCGGCGAAGAUGGCAUUUGCUUGGGUAAUCACUUUACUGAAAGUGGUUUGAAAGUAUUGCUGGAGGAGGCAUCGAAUUCCUUCCAAAUCGCUGGCAUGUACGAAGCCAUGAACGAAGUGUAUAAAAUACUGACACCCAUUUGUGAGGCGAAUCGAGAUUUUCAGAAAUUGGGCAAAAUACAUGGUAAGCUGCAAGAGGCCUUCAACCGCAUUGCACAGCUACAGGGUAAGCGGGUAUUUGGUACCUAUUUCCGGGUGGGUUUCUAUGGUGCAAAGUUCGGUGAUUUGGAUCAGCAGGAAUUCAUUUACAAGGAGCCGACGCUAACUAAGUUGCCGGAGAUUUUCAGUCGACUGCAGAACUUUUAUGCCGACCGAUUUGGUCCCGAUUCAGUGCAUAUAAUAAAGGAUUCGAACUCAGUGGAUGUAAAUUCACUGGACCCCGAGAAGGCCUAUAUACAAAUAACCUACGUGGAGCCCUAUUUCGAAACCUACGAGAUACGACACCGCGAGACACACUUCGAACGCAAUUUCAAUAUAAAACGAUUCAUAUUUGCCACACCAUUUACCAAAUCCGGUAAGGCACACGGUGAUCUGCACGAGCAGUGCAAGCGGAAGACCAUACUCACCACAGCCAAUCAUUUUCCGUAUGUGAAAACACGCAUACAGGUAAUUGCGCGGCAGCAAAUCAUACUCGACCCCAUCGAAGUGGCCAUUGAAGAUAUACAAAAGAAAACGGCAGAGCUGGCGGCUGCCACCAAUCAAGAGCCUGCCGAUCCGAAAAUAUUACAAAUGGUGCUGCAAGGU